AGAAAUGUGAAAUCUGAUUGGUUGUUUGUAUGUGUAUCCAUUGGCAAUGACCAAUCAGCGCAGUUGGCAGAUUCAGGUGGUAAAUCCUGCCUCUGACUGUAACACGGCUCGGAGCCCUCUACUCUCCCCUGUAGUGUAUUUUUCAACCCUGCUUCGGUUGCUUCCCUCCCCCCCUGUGCCGCCGCCAUUAAAGCCCGUCAGCCUGGCGUUUGGGAAUCGGGAAAACGGAUUAAAAUGAUUUAAAGCGUUGGAACCAAGCGGCGGAGGGACGGGACUGGGGAGGGGGGGCUGCUGGUUCGGUGGCAUAUAUGGACCGUCCACUGCCAGUUAAAAGGCGCCACAAAGAAGUAAAUAUGCGGUUAGUGUCGUCCAAGUGAGAGAGUUCAGACUGGAGAGGGUUUCUCCGACGCGGGGGAAGCUCCAUUUGUUUUGGCCGCUGCGGGGGACUGAGGAGAGUAAACCCAGCAAAGCAGAGUUUCCUGCAUGCUGUGUGAUCUCCUUAAGAGUGGAUCUGCCGAGCUGACGGUCCCCCUGAACGGCUGGAAGCCUCCUUCAGUGGCAGCGUGACAAUGACCGAGCUGGUUGCCAAGUGGGCCUGUGAAUACUGCACAUACGAGAACUGGCCGUCAGCCAUCAAGUGCACCAUGUGCUGCGCUCAGAGGCCCAGCGGGGGUGCCAUCAUUACUGAGGAGCCCUUUAAGAGCAGCCCUGCCUUGGAUGCCAGUCUGCAUCAGUGGGACCCAGCAGGCCUCAGCAACAGUCCAUCUCAGGGUGGGUCAAGCCUACUGAUUUGUCCAGACUCUAGCGCCCGGCCUCGUGUUCGUAUCGCUGAUGUACCCGAGACUAGUAGCAAGUGGUCGUGUCACAUGUGCACCUACCUAAACUGGCCUCGUGCUAUCCGUUGCACCCAGUGUUUGUGCCAGAGACAGCAUGCUCAACAGCACCAACACGGGCAGCAUGUGACCCAUCAUGGACACCAUACCCAGCAGCCUCACAGCCCCACAGAAUCACCCCAAACUUCAGGCUCUGGAUGCCGCCCUGCUCCCCCAGCUACCACCACAGACCCUUGUGAGGAGUACAACGACCGCAACAGGCUCAACACACACACACACCACUGGACCUGUUCGGCCUGCACCUACGAGAACUGGGUCAAGACAGUCAAGUGUGUUGUGUGUGAUCACCCCAGGCCCAACAGUCUUCUCACUGAAUCUAUCAAACUGGCAUCAGAGCCUGAGAGUCAACGGCCAUCCUCGACUGUCAACAAACAGGACAAGGACAACAGGAGGAGUGCUGUUGGGCAGGGUGUGGGGAGUGUGGUGGCGGGUGUGGUGGGCUGCAGCAGCAGCCAGAGGAGAUCCCCUCCAUCUGAAAAACGGGAGUCUGACAUGAACAUGGACUUUCAGAGAAUUGAAUUGGCAUCAGGAGCUGGGAUUGGGAGCAAAGAGGAGCUUGAGGUGGAUUUUAAAAAACUGAAGCAGAUUAAGAACAGGAUGAGGCGGACUGACUGGCUGUUCCUCAAUGCGUGUGUUGGUGUUGUGGAAGGUGACCUGGCCGCUGUGGAAGCUUACAAAUCAUCCGAAGGAGACAUAGCACGUCAGCUGACAUCAGACGAAGUGCGGCUGUUAAACAGACCCUCAGCGUUUGACGACGGUUUCACGCUGGUUCACCUCGCCAUCCGUUUCCAGAGACAGGACAUGCUGGCGGUGUUACUCACGGAGGUGUCUCAGCAGGCAGCCAAAUGUAUCCCAGCCAUGGUUUGUCCAGAGCUGACCGAGCAGAUUCGCCGGGAGGUAGCGGCUUCCCUUCACCAACGCAAGGGCGACUUCACCUGCUACUUUCUCACCGAUCUAGUCACCUUCACCCUCCCUGCAGACAUUGAGGAUCUGCCACCUGCAGUCCAGGAAAAGUUGUUUGACGAGGUUCUGGACCGAGAUGUGCAAAAAGAACUUGAGGAAGAGUCCCCCAUAAUCAACUGGUCCCUGGAGCUCGGGACCAGGUUGGACAGUCGACUUUACGCGCUGUGGAACCGGACAGCCGGGGACUGUCUCCUUGACUCAGUGCUGCAAGCUACUUGGGGCAUCUAUGACAAGGACUCUGUGCUUCGCAAGACCCUCCAUGACAGUUUGCACGACUGCUCCCACUGGUUUUACAUCCGCUGGAAGGAGUGGGAGUCGUGGUAUUCCCAGAGCUUUGGUCUGCACUUUUCCCUUCGGGAAGAGCAGUGGCAGGAGGACUGGGCUUUCAUCCUGUCCCUCGCCAGCCAGCCAGGAUCAAGUUUGGAGCAGACCCACAUCUUCGUUCUUGCACACAUACUCCGUAGGCCCAUAAUCGUUUACGGAGUGAAGUAUUACAAAAGUUUCCGCGGCGAAACGCUCGGGUACACCCGUUUUCAAGGUGUGUACUUGCCCCUUUUGUGGGAACAAAGUUUCUGCUGGAAGAGCCCCAUCGCUCUGGGCUACACACGAGGUCACUUCUCAGCACUGGUGGCCAUGGAGAACGACGGCUUCGACAAUCGCGGCGCGGGCGCCAACCUCAACACGGACGAUGACGAGACGGUCACCUUCCUGCCGCUGGUCGACAGCGAGAGGAAGCUGCUACACAUUCACUUCCUCUCGGCACAGGAAAUGGGUAAUGAAGAACAACAGGAGAAGCUGCUGCGGGAGUGGCUGGACUGCUGCGUAACAGAGGGCGGCGUCCUGGUGGCCCUGCAGAAAAGCUCCCGUCGCCGCAACCACCCACUCGUCACUCAGAUGGUGGAGAAGUGGCUGGAAGGCUACCGGCAGAUCCGCCCCUGCGCGUCUUUGUCUGAUGGCGAAGAGGAGGAAGACGACGAUGACGAGUGACAAAACUGAAACAAACGGAGGAUAUCUACGAGGGGGCAGGGCUCCUCCUCGUCCUCCUCACUUCUUUCUUUUUCAGUUUUUUCUGGUUCACCUUUUAGUUUUCCUGACUCGGGCAAACUGUGAAGGCCUUCACGAGAGGACGAGGAACCACAAGCCCUCCACUCACACCACCCAAAGCUACCAAACGGCUCCGCUGGCGUACACACUAACACUUUACUCGGACCUCCCUGAGACGGGGGUUGGAAUAAAGAUUUACGAAUGCAAAAACCCUUUGAUUUGUUUUGAGUUUCAAAUGUAAUAAAAAAAAAAAAGUCAUCUUGAUCACUGAUGUAAAUGCAUGUGGUUGUUAUAAAAAAGACAAGUUAAAGGAAAUAUACCAGCAUUUAUUUAAAACAACACUUUCUAUCCCUUCAGUGUGGGCACUGACAAAAGCACACUUCCAAAUUGAACUUUUUGAUGUUUUUCCAGUUGUUUUAACAGUUCAGCUUCUGUUUGAGUGUUUUGAAGAGACAGGGACAAAGCCAAUAAAAAUUAUCUUCAGAGAUUAUGUAAUAAUAUACAGCGUAUAUCCUUAUUAUUAAGCACUGCACAUUUAUGAAAACAUUUCUAACUAAACGCAGUAUCCUUGCUUGAAAUAAGAUUGUUUAUGAAGCUUUUUAAAAGGGAGACUUGCUCUAGGCAAGUCUGAACUACAUGCACCAAGGUUUAACAGGUGGAUAGUUGUUUUAAUGUUCACCAGACUGAUUGAACUGAGAACUCUGUGUGUUUGAAUUUAUUCUACAUAUUUAUUGUUUAAAAACCUUAUUAAGAGCAUUUCUGUAUAUUUUUCUCCUUUUUUUUUGGUGGAUUUUGUUAAUUAUUCUUUCAAUCUUGAUGAAGACACGUUGCACAGAAACACUGUUCCUGUGAGGAAAGAACCAAUCACGACAGUGGAAAGUUUACUUAGAUUGUUGCAUGGGAUUUAGUACCUCAUCUGGAUGCCUAAAAUCUCGUGCUUUUUAUUGUGUUUUAUUUUUUUGGGUGUUUUUUUUUUCUGGGCAGAUGAGACACAUUCAUUGUCGGGGUGAAACCCGGAGUCACUAGUCCAAUGUCUGUUUUUUGACGCCUUGUUUGUUCGUUCAUUUCUCAAAGCGUUUGAUGUCCAGCCACCAUUCAUGGUACAUGUUAGUUCAGCUUCUUGGUAAAGUCUGCUGUCGCUCCAUCCUCUCGAUUUAAGCUGUUGUGAGAGAUUGCAACUUAUUAAACCAAAGGUGACAGGAAAAAAUAGAUUUUGAAAAGUGAGUCGACCUUUUUCUUUGUUUCUUUGCCGUGAAUGUUUGCAUUUCUCACCCCUUGCCAUUGCGUAUUGUAUCCUCUUUUGUGUCACAUGUUUUGAUCAUUACCUAAAUGUUGCUUUGUAUUUAUGCAAUAGUUGCAGAUGUGACUAUGAUGGUUUGUGAAUUUAGGCCUGACUUCAAUAAACAGAGUGUAAUGCAAAGAACAGGCAAAAUACAAAAAAAUAAAGGAAAUCCUUUUUUGAAUGUCUAAACUCAA